AUGGCGAUUUCGCGGCAGGAACUGGAUUCACGGCUGCAAAACGCUGUGUGCUACGUGCACGAGGCUGACGACAGAGGGGCCGGCGCGGUGGCUCCACUGGAGUUUGUGGUAUCGUACUAUUUGGACCGAAUUGCACGUACGGGGUGCUCAGUCCUGCAUCUCACGACGGUCCACGCAUUUGACGUUGGCAUGGUGGCCAAAUGGCGGCCGCACUUUGACGACAACGUGUUCUCAAAGGUGCGAAUCGAGCGGUGUCUGAGUCUUGCUGCGCUGCUUGACCAAUCGCAGGCAGACGUGGAUCUGGUUGUUAUUGAGGACAUACGUGGACUAUUUAACCUUGAGUUUGCAAAAAACUACACGGGAGCAAGUGCUAGCAUGGUAGGGCUUAUGAGGAAGCUGCGCGAAAAAGCAUACAAAACAGGGUGUUCAACGAUGUUUGUGGAGAGAGAGCGCGGGGCGCAGUUCCAGUCGCGGCCGAUCGAGCAGUACGUUCGCACACUGUACGACUGCGAAGUAGAAGCGAGCUGGAAGGAGGUGUAA